CUUACACUACGCCAGCGGGUCCCCUGCCGCUAAUAAAAAAUUUCAAAACCGUUUUCCCUAAUACUUGUUUUUCGUCCCUCCAACCAUGAACGUCUUUGCCCGAUCUGUUCGCGCCGCCAUUCGACCUGCCCUGGCCAGAAGCUAUGCUACGGAGGCACCUGCCGCUGACAAGCUUCGCUUGACCUUCGUCUUGCCCCACAAGGCUCUUUACAAGUCCACCGAUGUCCAGCAAGUCAACUUGGCUGCUACCUCUGGUGACAUGGGUAUCCUUGCCAACCACGUUCCUACCAUUGAACAAUUGAACCCCGGUGUUGUUGAGGUCAUUGAAUCCGGUGAUGUCACCAAGAAGUUCUUUGUCUCGGGUGGUUUCGCUAUCAUCAACCCUGACUCGACCUUGAACAUCAACGCUGUCGAGGCUGCUGCUUUGGACGAGCUCUCCGUUGAGAACGUCAAGUCUGCCCUCGCUGAGGCACAGAAGGUUGCCAACGGCGCCGGCUCUGAUGCCGAGAAGGCCGCUGCCAAGGUUGAGGUCGAAGUCUACGAAGCCAUCGAGAACGCUUUGUCGAAAUAAACGUUUUCUUUAUCAACCCCAUGACAAAAAAACGCAUCCAUUAAAAAUAUCAUUUGAAAUAAAAAGAUAAAAAACGGGCUGUACUUGUUGUAGAGCGACAAGGUUGUUUUUUGUUUCCCAAAAGAAAACGAAAGAAAGAA